AUGAUUAAGACGCUCCUCUUGAUCCUGAUCACUAUCUUCAUUCCACCUGUUGGAGUCUUCCUCGUAGCGGGAUGCGGUGCCGAUUUCUUCAUCAACCUGCUCCUCACAAUUCUCGGCUACUUUCCCGGCCACAUCCACGCCUUCUAUGUCGAAUACGUAUACAUUAAGCGACGCGACGAGAUACGCGCUGGUAUCUACGAAGCGCGUCCCGCGCCGGGUAUCUACAGCCAAAAGGUGCAAAAUGGUGGUCAUAAGACGGUGCCUGUUGCGCCCGCACCUGCCGGAGUCGAGGCAGGAUAUGGGAGUGUACCGGCACAACAGGGCUAUGUUCAGGAGCAGCAGCAGGGAUACGGGACGGUGCACUAA